AUGUUAGAGUAUUUGAAUCUUGGUCACAAUCAAAUUCUCGAUGGUUUCCCUUCAUGGCUAUCAGAGUUGACCAACUUGAAAGUUAUUAUCUUGAAAUCCAAUAACUUCCAUGGUCCAAUAAAACCACCUCAAAGCCAGUUCAAUUUUAGCAACUUGCAUGUCAUGGACCUUUCCGACAAUAGUUUCACCGGUGAACUUCCUUCCAAGUCGUUGCAGAGUUUCCAUGCCAUGAAAGUAGUUGCUGCUCAAGAUCGCUUGGAAUAUAUGAGUACUACGGAAGAGUUCUCUAGAUUUGGAGAGCUCUAUGGAGUUCUAACAUCCUUGUAUUAUGGAAUGAAAUUGACGAAUAAAGGCAUAGAAAGGGAAUACUCGAAGGUUCCAUAUGCCCUUAUGGGAAUUGACCUCUCCAACAACAAAUUCGAAGGAUGCAUACUCGAUCUCAUUGGAGAUUUGAAGUCACUUCUCAUGCUUAAUCUUUCGAACAAUGUUCUUACCGGUUCCAUCCCGCCUUCCUUAGCAAAUUUGACAAAGUUGGAAUCUCUAGAUCUUUCUCAAAACAAGCUGUCAGGAGAGAUUCCUCCACAGCUAGCCCAACUUACAUUUCUUUCAUAUUUCAACGUCUCUCAUAAUCAACUGUUGGGGCCAAUUCCAGGAGGAGGUCGGUUCAACACAUUCACGAUUGAUUCAUUUGCCAUGAAUGAGGGGUUAUGUGGAAGUCCUUUGCCAAAAAAAUGCACAACGGUUGGGUAUAACUUACCAAUACCACCAUCUCCCCAGGAAGAAAUCGGCGAAGAGUCUCCAUUCAACUUGGAUCGGAAAUUUGUGCUAAUUGGGGCUGGAGUCGGGUUUCUGAUUGGGGUUGUGCUGGGGAAUUUGAUUAUUGACGAGAAGAGUAGGUGGUUUUUACACUAUUCCAAGAGAAUGGCAAAAAGAUGGAACAAAUUGAGAAGGCACUAA